GCGCCGAGAUAGUCUUCGCACGGACUCCCCAUCUCGCCCACAAGUUUCGCGAUUCAGCCCGCUUUUCCCGACCCCUGACCCAGUUUCCGCUUUUCCGAUUUUCGCAAGUUUUCAUCGCUGCCCCCCGCCUCCCCCGCGAGUGUUUGUGUGCAUUUGGAGUUUCGUGAAGUGUUCUUCAGAGCGGUUUCAUAGGGAUGGUCGCAAUGACGCGGCCGAAUAGGCUAAAACACAUAGCGCUCCUCACUCUAGUCUUCUUAGUCAUAUUAGUCACAGUAAAUAGUACACAAAGUGUUCGAAGGCGGCUGAGGCGGCCGAUAAGUAAUAGGGUUAAUGAUUCACUUUCACAUAACAAUGACCAAGAUACGUCGGCCAGCAUCAACCGAUUCCGAGUGAGGAACAAGGAGAAGGAAGCCGUCGCCGCCGCCUCAUCUAGCUCAUCCGCUUCAUCUGCGGCCACGAAAAAAAAUGCUGACUCCGGAUACAAGGUUGUCUGUUACUACACCAACUGGUCGCAGUACCGGCCCAAAAUUGGCAAAUUCUUACCCGAGGACAUCGAACCCGACCUGUGUACACACGUCAUUUUCGCUUUCGGUUGGCUCAAGAAAGGAAAGUUAUCUUCCUUCGAAUCCAACGACGAGACUCGAGACGGCAAAAUCGGUCUCUAUGAUAGGAUCAAAAACCUGAAAAAAGCCAACCCCAAGUUGAAAACACUCCUUGCCAUUGGUGGAUGGUCGUUUGGAACACAGAAAUUCAAGGAAAUGUCAAACACAAGGUACGCCAGGCAAACUUUCAUCUACAGUGCCAUUCCAUUCCUGAGGGCAAAACACUUUGACGGUUUGGACAUUGAUUGGGAAUACCCUAAAGGAACAGACGACAAAAAGAACUACGUUCUUCUCUUGAAAGAGUUGAGGGAAGCGUUUGAAGCAGAAGCACAAGAAGUGAAGAAACCUAGACUCCUGCUUACCGCUGCUGUUCCGGUGGGUCCUGAUAAUAUCAAGGCUGGAUAUGAUGUUCCUGCUGUCGCUGGGUAUUUGGACUUCAUCAACCUGAUGGCGUACGACUUCCACGGUAAGUGGGAGCGAGAGGCCGGGCACAACGCGCCCCUCUACGCGCCGUCAUCGGACUCGGAGUGGCGGAAGCAACUCAGCGUCGACAACGCCGCCUCCCUGUGGGUUCGCCUCGGCGCCCCGAAAGAGAAGCUCGUCAUAGGGAUGCCCACCUACGGCCGCACCUUCACCCUCUCCAACCCCAGCGUCUUCAAGGUCAACUCCCCUGCCAGCGGCGGUGGCAAAGCUGGCGAAUACACCAAAGAGUCUGGAUUCCUCGCCUAUUACGAGAUCUGUGAGAUGUUGAAAAACGGUGCCACUUACAUCUGGGACGACGAGAUGAAAGUGCCAUACUGUGUGGCCGGAGACCAAUGGAUCGGGUUCGACGACGAACGGUCCAUCAGGAACAAGAUGGACUGGAUCAAAACCAACGGAUACGCUGGCGCUAUGGUCUGGACUGUAGACAUGGAUGAUUUCACCGGCACUAUCUGUGGAGGAGACGUCAAAUAUCCACUUAUUGGAGCCAUGAGGGAAGAAUUACGAGGUGUAAAACGAGCGAAUAAUGCCCAAGACGUUGACUGGAGCAAAGUUGCCCCUACAAUCAACUUGGAAGCAACCACCAAACCAGCGCCAAUCAAAAUUCCCGUCAGCGAAGUUAUCGCUAAAGCCAGGAUUCCUACAAAAACCCAGUCGACCGCUAACGCCAUCCAAACAGAUGUUGUUGAUAGGAAUGUCCGUGCUCCUCAAGUGUUCUGCUACAUGACCAACUGGGCUCGCAAACGAACUGGUGCAGGAAAGUUCACCCCGGAGGACAUUGACCCCAAGCUUUGCACUCACGUUAUCUACGCCUUUGGAACCCUCAAGGAUCACUUGCUCACCGAAGGGGAAGAAAAGGAGGCCGAGCAGUAUGAAGCUACCGUCGCACUCAGAGACAAGAAUCCUAACCUCAAGAUUCUGCUAGCUAUUGGAGGAUGGGCUUUCGGAUCGACACCGUUCAAAGAGCUCACUGGCAAUGUUUUCAGGAUGAACCAAUUUGUCUAUGAAGCUAUCGAAUUCUUGAGGAAAUACAAGUUCAAUGGAUUAGACGUUGAUUGGGAAUAUCCCAGAGGUGCAGAUGAUAGAGCUGCUUACGUUAACUUGUUGAAAGAACUCAGGCAAGCCUUUGAAGGUGAGGCGAAAAGUUCUGGACAGCCCAGGCUUUUACUGACUGCUGCCGUUCCCGCCAGCUUUGAGGCCAUUGCUGCUGGUUAUGAUGUACCGGAGAUCUCCAAGUAUUUGGACUUCAUCAACGUGAUGACCUACGAUUUUCACGGCCAAUGGGAAAGGCAAGUCGGGCACAACUCACCCCUGAACCCGUUGGAAUCAGCGACGAGCUAUCAGAAGAAACUCACCGUUGACUACUCGGCCCGAGAGUGGGUGAAACAGGGUGCACCUAAGGAGAAACUCAUGAUAGGAAUGCCCACUUACGGUCGCUCUUUCACCCUAGUUGACCCGACGAAGUUCGACAUUGGCGCCCCCGCGUCUGGCGGUGGCACCCCCGGAAAGUACACCGCCGAGGCUGGUUUCAUGUCUUAUUAUGAGGUGUGCGAUUUCUUACACGGCGAAAACACCACUUUAGUGUGGGACAAUGAGCAACAAGUACCAUUCGCCUACCGAGGAGACCAAUGGGUUGGCUUUGACGAUGAGAGAAGUUUGAAAACGAAGAUGGCUUGGCUGAAGGAGGAAGGAUUUGGUGGAAUUAUGGUUUGGUCGAUCGAUAUGGAUGAUUUCCGAGGCACAUGCGGCUCUGGAAAAUUCCCUCUGCUCAACGCCAUGAGGUCUGAGUUGGAUGACUACAAAGUGAAACUUGAGUACGAUGGCCCGUUCGAAUCUUACAAUCCCAACGGACAGUACACUACCAAAGAUCCAAACACGGUGACAUGUGAGGAAGAAGACGGUCAUAUCUCAUACCACCCAGACAAGGCUGACUGCACCAUGUACUUCAUGUGCGAAGGAGAGAGGAAACACCACAUGCCAUGUCCAUCCAACCUCGUCUUCAACCCCAAAGAAAACGUCUGUGAUUGGCCUGAGAAUGUCGAGGGCUGCAUGCAACACACUCAAGCCCCGCCCACCGCCAAGAGAAAAUGAUCAAAAUGCCACCCAAAACCUCAAUCGACUUAAAAUCGCCGUGAGCCCGUAACGUAGUUGUAUUUUCUCGUUGAUCCCGAAAAUUAAAAAAGCUGGGAGGCAGCCUCUCUUCGACCUUUUCUGAUCAGCACGAUCGAGUGACGUAAUCAAACUGAUCUGAAAAGACUACUGGUCGAUUGUUGAAUUGUUAUCAAAUUACCAUUAUUGAUAGAGAGGUUCAUCGAAUGAUGAGGCUCUAUCGAUCAAGGUCAUUCAAUAACUGAUCAACGAUCGACCCGUUUUCAUGGAAAUUUUUACGGCCCAAAAAUCUUUUAAAACGCUAGUUUCUUCAACAAUCCAAGCGAAGAUUUUCAAGAAAUUUUAAAUUUUUUUGGCCUUUGAUCUCUUUCCUACCUUAAGAGGAGAUUUUAUAUCAUGCACCCCUUCUUGUAAAAUUGUUUUUUAAAUGUCACUGGUAUGUUCAGACGAAGGGAGACAGAUGAUGGCAAAAGAAUGAAGCUUGCUCAACAAAAAAUUUGAAACAUGCGUCUUUUCCACCACUCACUGGAGUUAUUAAUGAAAAAAUAAAGAGAGUGCAACAUUGAAAGGACGUAGGUACAAAUCAUUCUAAGCUCCAUAUUCCACAACAGACGUUUAAAAAAAAAAAACAACCAGUUUUGCAACAUUUUCCAACCAUAUUUUUUGUUGUGCAAGGAGGACAUAUGUAUUCAUAUUUUCAGUAUUUCAAUUUAAAUCGCCAAAAAACUCUCUUUCGCCAUGUCUGAAUCAUAACCAUCUUGAGCAUGCCAUUGUAAUAAUAUGGAAAAUAUCAGGGAAAUACGAGAGUAACAGGAAUUGAAUUAUCUAGAAAGCUUUGACAUUUGAAAAGGGUUUCCCUUUUGUAGAGGUUGAUGAUAAUGAAAAUAUUGAAAAUUUGCAUGUAAAUAGUGGUGUAAGCUUCCCUUAAAAGUGCAAAAAUACUAUGUUUCGGUAAAAUUACGUGCCAGUGAAUUCAUUAUGAACGGCAAGUCUUAAUGAACACAGCGGUUUGAUAUGAGUUUCAUCCGUAUGAGUUGUGAUGAGCGCGAUGAUCUCCUCUAGACGCGCGCAGAUGAAUAAAAGACGCAAAGUAAAAAGAGGUACGGCUCUGAACUUUCGAAACAAUAGAGGUUGAUGAGAUUUUUUUUUUGAAUCGUCGUAAACUGGAAAAUAUUUCUGGCGGGAGAAAAUAUUUGAAACUGCCAUACGCUUCUUCUUUUUAAACAAGAGCACCUAGUGUAAGCGCAAAUACUUUAAAGAAAUACCGUUUGUUUUCAUGAGUUUUAUUUUUUUCAGUUUGUAUUUAAGCAUAUCUUUGCCACGGAAUUUUUAACCAAUAAAAAGAAGAGAGGAAACAACGUUGAAAUGAUCGUUCCUUUAAUGCCAGAACAAGUUUUACCGAAUACAUUUGUAAAUAGAAUUUCAUUCGUAUAAAAUGGCUGCGGAAUUGAAGCGAUGGGAUCAGAAAUUGUGAUAAUAACUGUUCAAAUGUAGUUUAAACUGUUUUCAAUCCAAAUUAAAAGUAUGCUUAAAAUUAUUUUAUUUAAGAACUUGUUGUGAAUCGCUUUUAUCGCGCUGUCAUGGCAACCUCAUAUCAAACUAACUAAAAGUUAGAGUAUGUAAAAAGAAAACACAAAAAACCAUGAAUAAAAAUGAAAAUAAUCUCGUUUUUACAAAAACUAGCUGUUUAUAUUUUAUAUUUAUUUUAGGCAUACUUAUAUUAUUUUUAGCAAAUUUGUUAAUUGUGUACAAAUGUUUCCAUUGAGUAAAUAAAAACUGAAAAAAAUUCAA